AUGUCUCGUAUCCUACGCCCUCCCGCCGCUCGUCUCGCCAAUCCUGUCGACUACGUGCCCCGAAUUACCCCUGUCCCUCUCUCCCAUACGUCGCAGGUCUCCGACGAACAUCUGCCACUGGAAGCCAGACGAGACUCUUCUCCGCUGUUGUCUCUCUCGGAAAGACGUCGGAGUCGCUUGAGUUACACCCCAAGCAGCUUGGUUGUGGAGCGCAGCCACGUGGAAUCCGAGAGUGGUCGGACGAGCGUCGCGUUGCCGCCAGGGAGGCGUUCCGGCACCUUUGAGCGCCAUCUGCAGCAGGAGGGACAAUCCACAGCAAUGAACGGGCUGCCUAAUUCUACCAAGGGGAUGGAGGAGAGUAACACCAAGCCCCCCCAACAAGCCCAUCUUGCCGAUCCCACCCACCCACCGCGUCACGUCCAGUCGCAAGUAUCUCUACUGUCACAAUCACAAGUCGCCUCGAUUCCUUCCAGCACUGCCCAUGGUCUACCGGGAGUGGAAGCUGAUGUCGCCGAGGAGUUGGCCUGGGGUCCAGCUCACCCGUGCUUUCCUCACGUUAACCCACACGUCCCCAUCAACUCCAAGGAAUAUCUCACGACCCGCAUCAUUCGCAUCAGACGGGACUGGAUGGUCAAAGGCGAUCUGGCACCAACUUUCUCCAACCUCUAUCCCGAGAUUUUAGACCCCCUCUUGCCGGAACAAGAGUUCCGCAAGAUCGUCGCCACGGUGAAUAACGAACUGAUCCAAGCUUUCAACCCGUUCAGCAUUCGCAACUUCAUCGAUGCAGUGCUGGGCCUGCUUACAGGCUGGCUCUGGGAGGACAUUGGAGCGUCUGGAGUCAAACACCGCUUGAAAAAUAUCGAGGCCUGGUUAGAAAACUGGAACAGAGAGGUUGGAGCGAAAACAGGGGUCCGGGUCUGGGGUCUACGACGAACGGCGUAUCUGUCUCUCGACAUCCAAAUUCCCGACCCCAAGGUCGGUGUUGUUCAAAGCGAGGAUCCGUCAUUAACGGGGACUCGCCCAAAUACAGCAGCUGACGGGACAUAA